CCAAACACAUUAUUGUCAGAAUGACCAGCAAUGCUAAUAAGAAGACCAAAACCACCCAAGGCCGCCAGAAAAUCGAAAUCAAGAAAAUCGAGAACAUAAGCAACCGGCAGGUCACCUUCUCCAAGCGGCGCACCGGCUUGUUCAAGAAGGCGGCCGAGCUGUGUAUCCUGAGCGGCGCCGAAGUGGCCAUUAUUGUCAGGUCCCCCGGGAAACGAACGUUUGCGUUUGGGCACACCAGCGUCGAUGCUGUUAUCGGCCGUUACCUCGCCGGAAACAAUCCCACCGCUGACGCCAUCGUGGCGUCGAUGCCGGCUGCCGGUGGUGGUCACCGGGCGUCGGAGGAGGAGUUUAAUCAGCAUUAUGAUUUGGUUUCGAAGGAGCUGGAGGCGGAGAAGAGGCGGAGCGCCGUGAUUGUGGAGUCCAAGAAGGCGGUAGAUUGUGGUGGUUUUUGGUGGAACGAGCCGGUCGGCGACUUAGGAUUGGCCGAGCUGGAGCGCUACGUGGCGGCGCUAGAGGAGCUGAAGAAGAAUGUGAGCAUGAGAGCUGAUGAGCUUAUGCUGGCAAAAGAAGCUUCAAAAUCUAUGCUGCCUUCGACGAUUUUCGGUAUGAAUCCUCCAGGUGCAAAUAAUCCUGAUGGGUAUGGGUUAGCUGAUCGUUUCAUCAAUCAAGCAAGUGAAUGUGGAACUUCUAUUGUUCCUCCAGGCUUUGACUUUGGAGAAGGGCUGCAGUUUUGA